AUGGCACAACCACUGGAAGAUGCGUACAUCACGCUUCUUAUGAGCGAUUCCUACCUACCAGGCGCAGUCGUUCUUGCAAACUCUCUGCGCGAUGCCGGCACCACCAAGAAGCUUGCCGUGCUCGUCACGAUGGAGACCCUUUCAGCUGAUACCAUUUCGGAGCUCAAGACGCUCUACGACUACCUGAUUCCCGUCGAGCGCAUACGGAAUGCCAAUCCUGCGAACCUCUAUGUCAUGGGGCGACCUGAUCUGGCCUUUGCGUUCACGAAGAUUGCCCUGUGGAGACAGACUCAGUUCCGCAAGCUCGUGUACCUCGACGCAGACGUGGUAGCGCUGAGGGCGUUGGACGAGCUGUUCGACAUCGAGGCGUCGUUUGCUGCUGCUCCAGAUAUUGGCUGGCCAGAUGCUUUCAACAGCGGUGUCAUGGUCAUCACGCCAGACAUGGGCGAGUACUGGGCACUGCAGACUAUGGCAGCGACUGGCGACAGCUUCGAUGGCGCAGACCAAGGCUUACUGAACCAGUACUUCGAACACCGUCCGUGGCAGCGAUUGAAGUUUACCUACAACUGUACGCCAAAUGCCGAAUACCAAUGGGAGCCCGCAUACCGCCACUACAAGCGCGACAUUGCCGCGGUCCACUUUAUCGGCAAGAACAAGCCCUGGAUGGCCCAACAUGCGGGAGGGAAGGGUGUCUAUGGAGAACUGGUAGCGCGAUGGUGGGCGGUGCAUCAAAGGCAUCUGCACAAGGCGAAGGGCCAACGAGCUGGUGAGGGAAAGAGCACUCUUGGUGACUCCAUGCUUUCUUCCUCUACUCCUGCCCCUCUCGAAGCCUCCGCCGUUACGACCGAGCCUCCCAUGACCGAAUUUGAAGAUGAGAUUCAGAAUAUUGACCAAGGUGUGAUAGAACCAACCCCCACGGUCGAACAACGCAAGUUCUCUGCGCCCGAGAUGCAAUGGGACGCCACCAAGUUUGAGCCACCAGCGUCAUCGAGACCCGAAGCUGCCAACUUCCCUACGCAAACGUAUGCCUUCAGUGAUAGCCGAUCGCUCUUCAAGGCACCACGAGCCUAUCCCGAUGCGCCGCGAGACAUGUGGUACCAGGUUCCAGAAACGAGGGAAGCGCCCAAGGCCAUCUUCCCAUGGGAGCAAGAGGUGGAUAGACCUAAGCCGACGCGUGUGUUUGCCGAGGACUUGUCACCACAGCCAACCCCUCAGGUGAUGUCGCCAACACAUGCUUUCUCAACCACACACUUCGACGAGAGCGAUAAGGUCGCUCCAGUCGCAGCCGAAAAGGUUAGAAAUAUUGGUAAUACUAUAGCCUCGAGCUCUACUGACCAAGGCUGGCAGUCUUAUCAAAACAAUAGCGGCAACGCCUGGGAUAAUGUUCCAGGCAUCGACAGCUAUGUUCGUGCCAUAUCGGAUCUGAGUGGAAUACGGGGUAAGAACCAGUCGCUACAACAGACCACAGGCACGGACGACAUUAGUUCGCCUAUAUUGGAUCGCAAGCAACGCCGUGAGAGCUUAGUCCUCACCGACUUCCCGUCCGCAGUGGAGCGACCGAGUCUUCCUGUAACACCUGCGCCGGUUCGUCGUCCAAUGUUCUGGGGCGAAGAGAGGAACCAGACAGGCGAGCUACCUUCUGCUACAGGAGUGCCGGAUCAGACCGAAUGGAAUCCUGAGGAGAAGCUUGACCAGUUACGGCGGUCAUCCCUGAUCGAAUUCGAGCACCUGAAGAAAGACGAGCACCCAAACCCACCAAUGCGUGCACUUCCCGAGCACUCAAUUGCCGGGGAGGAGAAGACUGGCACUUCGUUUGGACUUGAUGGAGCGAACGAUCAGGGCAUUCCCGGAUCUUUCCCAAGCGUUGUCGAGAAAGACUUUGCUAGCAGCGACCCUGCACCAGACGUGCGACCGAGUUCCAGUGAUCGUUCCUUCGCACAUGGGGACGAGAGCUCUGCGCCCCAGCACUACUCCCAGCAGGACUUUUCCUCUGGAUCUUCCAGCACCUUUGGGCAGAACUUCUCAAGCUCGACAUCGCAGGUAACAUCCACGGAACAGACUACCAGUCAGUCUUCGCAAUCAGUCCAGGCUGGAGGCAUGACUUUCACUGUCCCCGUCUUCGAGGAGGGUACUUCAGCUGACGCCCAAGCCGCUGGGGAUGAUCUCAGUCCGACACAGAGUCGGACCUAG